AUGGAAACCCCAGCAUUAGAGAGUGAAAAACCGUUACUUGAUAGCAAGGAUGAUUGGUCUGAUAGUGAACCAGCGUCGCCCAUAGAUUUACCAUCGAUGCUGGAAGAUGGUCCAGCUUUAAAGAGCGACAACAUUUCCCUUGUCUCAACUAUCAUUCACUGCCUGCUGGGCAUCUUCUUUUGGGCACCAGCGAGGUUCCUUAGCUAUUACUUUCCUCCGCUAGAACGUGUCUUACCAGCUCCUUCUCCUGUGUCUCAGGAAUCCCAACUGCAGAUGAAGUUCCUCUCGUCCCUUUUGCUGCUUCUGGCGGGCGCCGACGCAAUCAAUGGUCAUCCCGCAGCCGUGGAGCAGUUCACGCGUGAGCUGGAGGUAGCUAGUCCCAACCCAUCCGGGCUUACUCUGCGAGCCCUCCAACAAAGAGCACCGAACUGCAGCCGCGUCGAUUAUUUCAUCUCCAGAAUCACAUCGGUAAAAGCCCAGUACGUAAAGAGCAUUCCCGCCGACGCGCACCGUUUGCAUCCGACUAAUAACUUCAACAGGGUUGCCUUCGUUACCUUCGGCCCUGAAGCCGCCAAAUACAUUUGCCGCGCCAUAACACAUGGUGAUCCCACGUGCGAUGACUGGGCUCAGGGAAUCAGAUACGCUCUGGGGCUGAUCUUCGCAAUCUUCGGCAAAGAUGGCGCGGAGCCAGCAGUUCGUCCUGGAGAGCCAGUUCGCAGAAUAAACGCAAGAAGCUACAUGGAUAUCGCCACUACUGCUCUGAAAGACAGCAGCUUGGAGUUCGCCAGCAUCGAGGCGGACGACAAUCUGCCCAGCGUCGAGAAGCGGUCCUUGGAUGAGCCAUCUCUAGUCGAGAGAUUCCUUAUCCGUGGCUUGUAUCAUGCUGAUCUGGGCAACGACGCGACUAAUAUUUGGGUCAACCAUUACAGUAAUGGCGAUAACAUCCUGCAAAUUGCCCCAGAGGAUGGUCAACACAACGGUAACUCUACUCCAACUAGGCGAUGGGAUAAGCCUGGCUUCAAAAUUGCUUACACCACGAGAAAUAAAUCUCCACUUAAUGAGCAAGACGCCCUGAAGAUGGCCAGGCAUAUUAGUAUGAAAUGGCAGGGCAUGGCUAUUGGCAAUGAUAUCUCGGAUUUCAUAGGGUUUGUGGAGACAGGUCACACGGCGAACUUCUAUUUCCGCAUUAUUCCUGAGCACAAGGGGUACGGGUUAAACUACGAGAGUGUGGAUAUCUGUGGCGGUAUGGCGGGGAUGUUAUAA